UCAAUUUUUUGUUAGACUUCUCUUAUAUAUUUUAAAUAUCUAACAAUAAUCUAUAUAAGAUCCUCAACAAGUUAUUGAUAUCAUGACCCUGAAUACUGGAUCAAAAAUCCAUAUUAUAAAAGCAUUAAAUAAUAAAAGCAUGACAAUCUACCAGAAACAUUUUGCAAAAUGUUUGCUAUAAACUUUUUCAGUAGAAAGUCAGCAGAAAUAUAACAGAAUCUGUUAAUAGAAUACGAUUGACUGCAGAAAUCGAACAGAAUUUUAUAUGACAUUUUAUAUAAUGACAUAUUUCAUUUAAAUAAUUAUGAAGUGACAGAUUCUGUUUGGUUUACUGGCUAUUUAUCAAAUUAGGUCGUUUAGCCAAUGCAAAACACAAGCCUAAUAUAUAGCAAAAUAUUUUAGCAGUUAAAAACUGCUGCAAUAUGUUGCUCGAAUUUACUGUUAAAUUGUUAGCAUACAGCUAACGUUUCUCGUUUACUGGGUCAACACAUAUUUCUACUUGCCUGUCAUUCAUCUUUCAUGAUAACUGCCGGCAGAUAAUGAAUAAAUUAUCACGCCAUGUGUACUUUCCGGUGAUAGCUACAGGAAGGAUCGUUACGUCAGUUUACUAUAUCAGAAAACUGAAAUGCAACCAUGGAAUUAAUACAGCAAUAGCACAUCAGAAACCACUGAGAUGGCAGGCAACGUUGAGACAAGGGAAUUACUGCCUUUCAAUACACUGGCAGAAUUAUACAGCACCCUGGACAGUGGAUUAGUAGAAUUGCCAUUAGAUAUAUCACAGGUAUACAUCACAGAAUCAGUGGAUUAUGUGUACCGUGGUUCGGAUAUUGUCGCGCAGAAGGUCCCACUGGAAAGGGUGGACAGAGCCGAACAGCCCAGAACACUAGUCUGUCACGAUAUGAAAGGUGGUUAUCUCGAAGACAGAUUCAUACAGGGUUCUACCUCUCACGAUUCCUAUGUAUUUUAUCACUGGAGUAUCGUCGAUACAUUUGUUUACUUUAGUCACCACUUUGUGACUAUCCCACCUUACGGCUGGAUCACCGCGGCUCAUCAACACGGCGUGAAGGUUUUGGGUACGGUGAUCACGGAAGGAAGUAACGACACCUGGGACACGAUUCUUGCGUCGCAAAAGGAUGUGAGAAAGUUUGCGGACGCUCUAGUAUUGAUUGCAAAAAGCUACCAAUUUGAGGGGUGGCUUUUGAACAUUGAGAAUAAAAUUAGGGAAGAGGAUAUGGAUAAUUUGAUUUACUUCGUUAAGUACCUGACAGAAAGUAUUCACAACGAGAUUGAAGAUUCGGAAAUUAUCUGGUACGACAGUGUGACCAAUAAGGGUGAAUUAAAUUGGCAGAACGAACUCAAUGAUAAAAACAAAGAAUUUUUCUUGUACUGUGAUGGUAUAUUCUUAAAUUAUACUUGGACGGAAUCACGACUGAGCAGCAGUCAUUUAUUUGCAAAGGAAUUAGGUCGCGAUAUUAAGGAUAUUUACGUUGGAUUAGACGUUUGGGGGAGAGGGUGUCCAGGCGGAGGCGGCUUUAACUCAACAUAUGCACUAAAUUUGAUACGGGAACAAGGACUUUCAGUUGCUAUUUUCGCUCCUGGAUGGACACACGAGUACUUCGGUUCAAGCACUUUUUCAAUUCUAGAAAAUUUAUUCUGGGCUCAAUUGUUUCCUUAUUUAUAUGUGCACGUACCUAUUUUCGAGAAUGACAUUUUCAAAACUUCCUUCUGUCGAGGUGCUGGUAUCUGCUAUUAUUAUAAUGGCGAGGAACAUUUUGAACCAUACACAAUAAACGGUGAAAGCACGCCCGAAAAGAGAGCAUUUUACAAUUUACGAAGGCAGCAACUGCAGUUAGCGAUACCUGUGCCACAUUUACAAUUUACGCGAUCGACACAGCGAAUAUUUACCGAAGAUAUUGAGGAGAAUGAAAAUAAUGAUAGUGACGAUGCUAACAAGAAAGAAACUCGAAUAGAACGUAUCUACGAAAAUGAAAGGAGCAUUAUACGAGUAUGUGGUAAAAUCGUUAAGAUUGAAGACAAAUUACCUGCUGUCGAUGUCAAUACUUUCGAGUUUUGCGAUCAAUUCUCCUAUAACGGCGGUGGAUGUUUGAAGCUAAUCACUAGAGAUCAUAGAUUAUACCACAGAUUAUUCUUGGUUCACAUCGAUUUGAAGCAAGAUAUCCAGGCGACCGUUGUUUAUGCAGAACCCGAGGUCACUGCCUGGUCGAACAAGUUUAACAAAAGUCCCAUUUUAAUCUUGGGUAACAACGGUAAUUUAAAAUCGAUCCUACCUUACGACUCCGCCAGAAUAAACGCCAAAUGGAGAAAAUGCAUUUAUCUGACGAACUUAAGAACCGUGGAUGAGAUCGGCGUGUCUUUCCUGACGGAGUACGAUUGUUACCUGGGCGAGAUCGUUUUGGAGCAGAGGAAUCGUUUCGAUAAUUACGAUCCUGAGUACGUUGCCAGUCGCACCAGUGAUUACCACGUUCAACAAUUUACUUCUAGUUCAACGCAGUUGUAAUAUUAACUUAACAAUUAUCGAUCUAUAUAACAGAUACAAUAAUAUAAAAUUGAUAUAAAACACAAUUUAAAUAAUAUAAAAUAUUUUACUAUUGAUUUUA